AAGGACCGCCCACUUUCUGGGGUCGGAGGCGCGUUCAGAUGACGGAGAGCCGCUCGCGCAGCCGCACGUGGAGGACCAGGAGAGGGGAAGCCGGGUAACCGCUUGGAGACUUAAUCCUGUGCACGCUUGCUGUUCAGGCAAUGGGCAAGAACAAAGCAAAAGGACAGAAGCAGAAGAAUGUCUUCCACGUGGCCAACAAAAACCUCACAAAGGCAAAAAGUAAAGCAAAACCAGUGACCACCAGUCUGAAAAAGAUCAAUAUAGUGAAUGAUGAAAAGGUUAACAGAAUAAAUAAGUUGUUCACAGAAGUACAGAAAGAAGUCAAGCAGUUAUCCAAAGCUACUGCAUCGGAUUUACCAAAGAGACAUUGGAUUCCAAAGUCCCCGGAAAGAGAACCAAUUCAUGUGGAUGCUGCUACCAAUUUGCUGUCUCAGUUGUAGUAUUAAAUGUCUGUGCUUCGAUACUCCCAUUUCCUGCUACACCAACAAACAAUAUAUCUAUAUACUGUUUAUUUAUUUUUUAAAAAAUGUUAAUAUACAGACAUUGGCACUCUUCAGUAUAAUCUACAAACUGUAUUACUGUGACGGAGAAGCUGAAAAUUAAUUAUAAGACAAAAAUUUGUAUAUAUAUAUUUUGAAAUAACAGUAAAUAAAUGAGUAUUCCUAAAACUAG